AUGGGCACACCACACCUGCAGAAGACCCUCAAUCAGGUGAAUGCAGAAUUUAAGAGAAUCACAGCAAUUAAUUUGCAAUCCAAGUUCUUCUCUUCUCUGGAUAUUCACUCUACAAGCCUGAUCGACGUGUAUACCAAGAAAGGUGGAGUUCAAGGGAAGAAGAUCAAAAGCAUCAUGCUUCCCAUAACCCAGACUAACAGCAUUGACGUGAGACGCGAAUGCAUCCUCAAAGGUCUUUGUGUCUACUUCAAUGAAGAUCCAGAGAAGCUGGUGAAGGAAUACAUGAGCAUCGACAACAGCAGUCAAACGGCAAUGGCAGAGACGGUCUUCGGAAUAUUUGUCAUUCGACACGAAGGUGCAGAGCCUGGGGAUGACCCCGAGAACGUUGGGAUCAUUCUGGAGGGGCUCGAAGUGUUGGAUGAGUUGGGAAACGUAUCUUUUGCGGUGGCGAUGAUGUUUGCUCUCGUGUAUGCUAUAAAUUUGAGCUACCCUUCAGAGCUGAAGUUUACAUUUGAAGCACUGCAGAAAAUAAUGAUGGAGCUAGAUGGAAACAGACUAUCCACAAAAGGACAAGUUCUCAAAACAUUGCUUUCCCGUGCCUAA